AUGAAAGGUGUAGGAGUAUUACGCGGUUGGUGGUCGGUCGGCGUUUUGGCGGAGACACCCCUGUCGAAAAGUUUUGGCCGCAACUUUCACUUCCUGGAUGUCAACGAACUUCAAUCACGCACGACUGCGAUGGAAGGUUUCUCUCAAGGGCGUCUAUGGCCAAGUUUUGCUUCGCUUUGUAUCCUACUGCUCAACGUUAUUCCAGCACAAGCACUAUACUUCUAUAUUGACCCUUCUCAAGCAUUGCCUAAAUGCUUUUACGAAGAACUCCCUAAAGAUACUCUCGUAGUUGGUCAGGCUAAAGAAUUCCACGGCCACUACACCGCGCUGCAAGCCCCUCAGAGCUCCCCCAACACCUACGCUACCAAUCCCGACCUCCAAAUCUCCGUCACCGUAGAUGAGGUGUUCGACAACGACCACCGGGUUGUGAAUAGUAAAGGGUCUCACACCGGCAAAUUUACAUUUAGUGCUGCAGACUCCGGCGAUCAUCGGAUCUGCUUCCAUGUCAAUGGCGCGCAUUCUGGGGGCUGGCUGUCAGGGGGAACGCAGAAUGGAGCUGUAAAGCUAACAUUGGAUUUGGCCGUCGGAGAGACCAAUGCGAUCAAAAGUGGAGAUGAGUCUAAGAUUGGGGAACUUGCUCAAAAAGUCCGGGAUCUCAAUGGUAGAUUGGCAGAUAUUCGAAGGGAGCAGGUCUUUCAAAGGGUAAAGCUUACUUCUUGCUCGUACAUAAACUUUAUCAGUAUCGGCUUGCUAACUUGGACUUGUUAUGACAGGAACGAGAAGCUGAAUUUCGGGACAUGUCCGAAAGCACAAACGCUAGGGUGGUGCGAUGGACCUUAUUGCAGCUGGUUGUGCUUGGAGUAA